AUGGGGUCCGCUGCCGAAGCAGCCAGAAAGGCGGGUGCACGCAUACAUGCAGCCGAAGAUAGUUCUUCGCUUGCUUCAGCAGCAGGUGAUUGUGCGCCUGCUGUUGCAAUUCAGCAACAGGCAGUGCCUGUUGUGGAUAGUUCACGUGGUGAGUCACCUCGUGUGGCAGAUACACCCGCUGCAGACGCAGCGGGUGAUACGACUAGCAAUGCGGAUGAGACUGAAAUUGAGCUCAUCUCUUUUAAUAAGUCGGAUGAUGCAUGCGACUAA